AUGUCUGGUAUGGAGCCUUUGGCCGCUCUUGGCCUGGCGUGCAACAUCAUGCAGCUACUCUCCUUUGGGGGAGAAGUGAUAUCACUGUGUCGGAAAGUCUACAAGACUGGAGAGAUUGACCCCAGCCUAAAAGACUACAGCAGCCAGACCGCCAAGAUCUGCGAGAGCCUGAACGACAACCUAAGUCAACGACAAUCCAAUCUCGGGCCCGAUGCUUUAGCACUACAACAGAGGGCCACCAUGUGCAAAGCUGCCGCAGACAAGCUGAAUCACGAGCUACAACUCCUCACUCCAGCCAGCGGAGCCAGCAGGUGGAGGAGGGGUUUCACUGCCCCUAUCAAGGCCAUUCGCCACAAGCACCAGCUGAGUGAGCUAGAAAAGGAUCUCGACAGCCUCAAAUCCAGCCUGGAUACGCAGCUCCUUGCGAGGAUCUUCGACCUGGGACUCUUGGCGACAACACUUCAGCAGGUCGCUUCAGGGCAAAAAGACCUUUCCCAACAGAUGGUCAAAGCCCUGGAAGACGCUCAGGAUCGAUUCAAUGCGGAGUAUUUGAGAAAUCAACGGGUGAUAGAGCAGCAGAUAGCUGCCACGACUCGCGACUUGCAAGACGAACGUGCCAGAGUCCAACGAGAAAAGAGAGAGAACGAACAGCGACAGGAUUGGCAUCAUCUUCUGAAGAGCUUGCACUUUGAUGCAAGGACUGAGAGAGUGAACAUGAUUAGGCAAGAAUAUUUCAACACCUGUCGCUGGAUAUUUGGGUCAUCCCCACAAUAUGAUCUUGCCGGUUACCACGAGCCCAAGCAAGCUUAUCCUGAAAGACAUCCACAGGCCUGGCCCUGCUUCACCACUUGGCUGGAGUCCAAAGGCCAACCAAUCUACUGGAUAGCCGGGAAGCCAGGCUCGGGCAAGAGCACUCUCAUGAAGUUCAUCGCCUCUGAUGAGUCUCCAACCAGGGAUUCUCUGAAGCAGUGGCAGCCAGAUGUCCAGGUCUUAUCGCAUUACUUUUGGCUGGCUGGCUCGCCGAUGCAGAACAACAUCAAGGGCUUUUUGUGCUCUCUGGUCUACCAAGUUCUAUCUCGAGAUAUGUCUUCGUCUCUUGCUUUGCUGGAAUCCAACCCUGAUAUCAAACGAAAGUCAGGCGCCGCAGACUGGGACCCGACCGAGCUUGGACGCAUUCUCCUCAGCCUGGCUUACCAACCUGGAAAAGCAUUCUGCAUCUUUAUUGACGGCCUCGACGAACUAUCACCAGAGGAGAGCCCCCGAGAUUUGAUUGACAUCAUCACAAAGCUCCAGAGCCCUCAGGUAAAAUUGUGCCUGUCAAGUCGCCCAGAACCAGCGAUGAGAAUGUACUUGGGGCAUUAUCCAACACUACCCAUGCAUGCCUUCAUACGAGAUGACAUCAGGAGGUAUGCUGAGGGUAUCCUUAAUCGAGCAAUGUCCCAUAGGAAUGACGUUUUCGAGGUCAAUCGCCUUGUGAACGAAGUUUCAUCUGAAGCUGACGGAGUCUUCCUGUGGGCUGUACUAGUUGCGAGAUCCCUCGAGCGUGGAAUUGAGAAGGGCGAUUCACUCCAGCUUCUAGAGGAACGACUGCACCAAAUGCCAAAGUCUCUCAGCGAGUUAUACUCCAGUAUGUGGCAACGGUGCGAAGAUGAUCCACAGCCAUACCAGAAGGGGUUCUCUCUGUUUAUGAAUUUCAUGAUUCUUGCAGAAGGCGUGGCAUACCUCGACCACAUCGGAAAGGUGACCGUCUUUGAGCUUAUGGCUGGAACAAACGCCGCCUUUCUGGACAAAUAUUUGAACCAGGAUGACCAAGUUUCCAAGGAGGAACUCGAAAUGCUGUGUCGGGAUACAAGAAAUUCCAUCGAAGCCUGGUCAGCUGGCCUGCUG